AUGGGACCGGGAGACUCGGAGAGCGAUCGAGAGGAGGAAUUGGGUCGAUCCGCGCUCGGGGUUCUCGGUGGACCGAGCUUGGACGACGCCCUGGGGGGGUUGGGAUCGACGAUGACGACGAUGCGGAGAGACGCGCGAGGGCGAACGGGGGGCGACGAGAGCGAGAAUCCAUUCGAGACGGCGCCGAGCGAGUUGGAGAAGCGAUCGCGCGAGCCGCUCGGGGUUGGCGUUGAAUUAACGCGAGAAGAGAUAAACGGUGCCGACGAUGGGGCGAUUGGGGUGGAGGAGGGGAUGCAAAGGGUGAAUCUGGGUGAAGAGGAGGCGGCCCGAACGCCGACGCGUGUUGAGCGCGGAACAUCGCCUGAGACGCCCACGAGAGGGCGGGCGUUGGAAAACGGGAGCUAUCACGCGAGCGAGGGGAUGACAUACGGCGAUUUACUCGCCCCACCGCCGUCUUACGCGGAUAGCGUGAUGUACACACAGCCAGAGAUACAGCCAGUGUACGACGGGACGUCAAACGCAAGUGGGACGACGGUUUUCUUGGACGGUGACGACGAAAGAGACGCGGAGAAAUGGACGCUGAAGAUUUGGGUGAGUGAUCCGAAGAUCGAGCCCGACGCCUCGUCCACACUGGUGGGCAAGCGCGUGACGCACUACAAAGUGACAACGCGAACAAAUAUUCCGUCAUACGUUCACAAGGAAGUCGUUGUCUGGAGAAGGUUCCGCGAUUUCGUCGCGCUCGACGAAAGGCUCUCCGCGAUCCAUCGAGGUUAUUUCAUCCCUCCGAGACCAGAAAAAACGGUCGUGAGCUCAACGGGCGAAAACUUCAUUCAAGAUCGCGCUGUGCAGCUGCAGCACUACCUCAACCGCGUCGCGUCUCACUCGCAGCUUCGCCUCGGGGACCCACUCAGAAUUUUUUUGACGCAUCAAGACCUGGGGGCGAGCUUGGAUUGGUUCAGCAUGACGAGCAAAAUAAUCCCUGCGCAGCCGAGCGGGGUGCCAGGAAGCCCUGACACUCCUCAGCGCCCGCCCGUCGUGAUCUCGUCCCCAGGUCAGGGUCGCGAUUUCGGGCGUUUCUUCAAGGAGCUCCGACAAACCGUUGUGCAGUCGACAGCGGUGACCGCCGUCGGCGGAGCUCUGGGUCUGGACACUCCAAAGCCAAAAGUGAUGGAGGAGGACGCCGCUUUCUUGGUCGAAAAAGAUAGAGUGUCGCGUGUCGAGGGCGAACUUUCUGGGAUGUCCUCCAAGGCGACCAAGCUGCUCACGCUCCAGCAAAAGUUUGGCGAGGCCAUGGGAGAGUUUGGUUUGGAGUGUUUGAAGUUUGCCAAGCUUCAGGAAGAGGAGGGCGCUCGCCUCGGGAAGUAUAGCGAAAAUGGUCUCGAUUGCAUGACGGCUGCGAGUGAGAUGAGAAAAGCCGGAAACACCUCCAUCAGAGCGAGUCGGAUGGCUCACUCGGCUACGGCGCAAACCGCGCAGGCGCUCGAGCCGCUUCACGACUACUUGAAGAUCAUGCCGUCUGUUCGUAGAUCCAUCAGCGACCGGAAUGACUCGCUUCUGACGCUACAAACAAUGUUAUCGGAGGCAGAUAGACUCGAGGCUCGAAUUGCCAAGCUCACGCCGGAUUUCACCAAGAUGAAACGGGUUGAGGAACUGAAACUCGAACUGGAGACAACCAAGCUCACCGGUGAGAAUGCGAGAGCUGAUUAUAAAACGAUUCAGGAGCGUCAUCGUGUCGAGUUUGCGCGUUUAGAGAAGGAACGCGUCGCACAGUUUCACGCUAUGCUACUGAACUACGCGCGCGUUCAGGUCUCGAACGCGGAGCGCUCGCUGUCGCUCUGGCGAGGGCUCGCCGAGGAGUUCGGAGCUUCACCGGAUGAGUGGCGGACUCCAGAAAAGGUGGACGACGCCACGGAGCUAUAG